AUUUAAAGCGAACGUUAAGAGCUAAAGAACCUCUUCUUUGAAAUUUAAGAGAGAGACAGACGUGUCCAACCCCAUAUUAAAGGAAUCUGAGAAAACAAUAGUUUUUUCACUAUCAAAGAAAAAGAUUUGGACUAGAAACAAAGAGAAAGGGAUCAUCCUUUUGCAGUAAUUAUAUCCACCCAUCUUGGGAUUCUGACACCACAGCUCUCUUUCAAAGUAUUUCUGUGAGUGAAUUAUGUUGGUGUGUUAAUGGGCUGCUAUUGUUCAAAGCCAGAAAAAACUCCGGGCUAUGAGAACCCUACAGUUCUUGCUGCUGAAACACCUUUUACAGUAAGUGAAGUAGAAGCCUUGUAUGAGCUUUUUAAGAAAUUGAGCAGUUCUAUAUAUGAUGAUGGGCUUAUCCACAAGGAAGAAUUUCAACUAGCGCUCUUCAGGAACCAGAAUAAGAGGAAUCUUUUUGCAGACAGGAUUUUCGACUUAUUUGAUAUCAAGCGCAAUGGGGUUAUUGAGUUUGGAGAAUUUGUUCGAUCAUUGGGUGUCUUUCACCCCAAUGCACCUGUAGAAGACAAAAUUGCAUUUGCGUUUAGACUGUAUGAUCUGAGACAAACAGGGUUCAUUGAACGAGAGGAGUUGAAGGAGAUGGUGCUGGCACUUUUGCAUGAAUCAGAUCUGUUACUUUCAAAUGAUGUCGUUGAAGCCAUUGUGGAUAAGACGUUUAAAGAUGCAGAUAAGAAAGGUGAUGGAAGGAUUGAUCAGCAAGAGUGGAAGGAAUUUGUUUUGAAGCAUCCAACUUUGAUCCUAAAGAAUAUGACUCUACCGUAUCUAAAGGACAUAACACUAGCUUUCCCUAGCUUUGUAAUGAGUUCUGAAGUUGAAGAUUCAGAUAUGUGAGAGGAUUCCAUGUCAUUAACAAUUUCACGUGCCAAGAUGGUGAUUGAAAUGAAUGACGACAUUCCAGUGAAGCUACUUACAUUAACAAUGAUAUCUUUAGUUUAUGAAGAACCCAUGAAGCGCAGCUCAGAGAUAAGUCACUCAUCAUCCACAAGUUGCGUUCCUGAGUCUAUCUUCAAAAUCCCAACUGGUUCUUGAAAUCCACUGUAGGCAUGGAUAAGUGUAUAUAGCGUCCAACAUAUGUGCAGCUGGGGGUAAAAUUAUAUAUGCAAGUCAAUCUCUGUUUUGCCUCAUACAAUGGGGUUUUGUAACACCAGUAGUCCUGUGAUAAGAGUUGAGUUUAUAUCUGUAAGUCAAUCCUUUGACACAGACACAAAUUGUUUUGACUAUGUCCAUGUUUUCUUCUUCCAAGAUAAGGAAUGCUAGAAGAUUGCAUGUCUGGUAGCAAUGUCAUACCUUUGAAAUUGUUAUUAUACAAAACCAUCUACCAAGGAGAUAAGAACUGAGAUAAGGCAGGA